GUUUUUUUGCCUGUGGCCGGACUGUAAUUCGUGCGGCCAUUUUAUCCCUUAUUAUUUCGGAUUAGGUGAAUGCGUGCGAGCGAGUGAGCGAAACGAAGCGAAAAAGGUUGGUUGUGUUUCUUUUUUUUGUGGUGUGUUUUACAAGUGACUCAAGAACUAUAUAGACAAACAUGCAACUCAUGAGACCGCAUAGUCCGAAUUGAUUGUCAAGCGAAAACAUGCUCGUUUUUUUGGGUAGCAUAUGAAUUGGCUCCGAAAUCAAUGUCAAAAUAAACAGAAACGAAAAUUGUUCAGUGUUCCAUUUGCUGCGUGGUGUAUUUUUUCCGUUUUAAUUUCCCUUCGUUUUAUUCAUUUCAAAUAGUUAUUCUCUAGAGAGAAACACAAUUUAGUUCAGAUCAUUUUUUUGCCAAAUGCGAAUCAAAAAAGUAUUCCACGGGAAAAUUAUCACACAAAUUUAGUUGUCAGAUUGAUGCGAUUGUGUGCGACGUAAAAAAAAACAAACGAUUACUCACUCACAAAAUUGUUUAGUAAACAAAUAACAAAGGAAAAAAGAUAGAAAUCCCAACGAAUUUUCUGGGCAAUUUGUCGUCAGUGUUACUUGAUCGUGAAUUAUGAAUCAAAUCUGUUAAAACGAUUCUGUGUACGUAGUGUUUGGUUUGCAUGGAACAACAACGUAAACCAUCAACCUGCCGGCUUCUGUUAAUACGCGUCAAGAGACGACAGAUACAGACGAAAAACUCGGACGUGUCGUAAUUACAUUUGCAUUGAAUUGGGAUAGCAUCGUCUUUGUCUCGUCGUGCUGCGCUUGUUUAUCAAUUUGGCGAAUGUUCCGCAUGCGAUCAAGACGACUGUAAUUGAUUCGGUAUUUUCUUUGCUUUUCGGUGAAAGAUAUUUCGAUACGACGUACACAGUUUACUUGGAUUUAAAGAUCACUCAUUCAUUAUCAGUAAGAGCGGAUUCAUUCGAGUUUUGGGAGGUGUUACAGUGCUAUUUUGCAAGGAGACGAUCUGCAUAACACAGGAUAAAUUGGUAGAAGCAAGCAAUCUUAUCACACAUACACUAUCGGUGCUGGAAAACACAAAAGAGGAGAAUCACAUUGGAUCCGGAUCACUCGAUCAGACGCCUGUAUUUGCAAGAGCAGCAAGCGUAAUUGCACGCGCGUCGCUAACAACGAGACGAGGGUGGCGGUAAAUCAAUUACAUGUUAGUGAUCAAAUCGCAAAAAGCAAUAAAUAUGUGGAAUUCGGAAGUGACAAAGCAACAAGGCCAACACUCAUCAGCGCAAAAUGGCAAUGCAACACGAAACUAUGGCAUGACAUCGGCCAUCUCAACAGCUGGCCCAAAGCCGGAAGACAUUGAAGCAACUAGUGAAUUGCGAAAGACCCUUGAACGAUUCAAUGUGUUUGAAUCGGACACAGAGCUAAAUCAUCGCAUGGAAAUUUUAGCCAAAUUGAAUACACUUGCCAUUGCGUUCAUCAAAGAUUUGUCCAUCAAUCAGAAUGUACCGGUCGAAACGGCGUCCAAGCUAGGCGGUCGUAUUCAUACAUUUGGUUCAUAUCGUUUGGGUGUACAUUCGCCGGGCGCUGAUAUUGAUGCGCUGUGCGUUGCACCGCGAAAUGUCACACGUGAAGAAUUCUUCACAAUGUUCACCGAAGUGUUAAAGAAACAAGCGGAAGUGACCGAGUGCCGGGCGAUUGAAGAGGCAUUCGUGCCGGUGGUUAAGAUGAAUUUCGAUGGGAUCGAAAUCGAUUUGCUGUUUGCACGUUUGGCACUCAAAGAAAUUCCGGACGAUUUUGAUUUGGGCGAUGACAUGCUACUCAAAAAUCUUGACCAGAAAUGCGUACGCAGCUUGAACGGUUGCCGGGUGACCGAUGAAAUACUCAGACUUGUACCGAUCAUCGAAAGCUAUCGCCUAGCAUUGCGGGCUAUAAAACUCUGGGCGAAAAGACGUGAGAUCUAUUCAAAUUCAUUGGGAUAUUUCGGUGGUGUAUCUUGGGCGAUGCUCGUCGCACGCACCUGUCAAUUGUAUCCAAAUGCCGCAGCUGCGACAAUUGUUCAUAAAUUUUUCCUAGUAUUUUCACGUUGGACAUGGCCGAAUCCGGUACUAUUGAAGCCACUUGACAAUGCCAAUCUCGGGUUUCAGGUGUGGGAUCCACGGACAAGUGUAGCCGAUCGUUAUCAUCAAAUGCCAAUCAUUACUCCAGCCUAUCCACAACAGAAUUCGACAUUCAAUGUGUCGGCGUCCACAAAACGGGUCAUUCAAAUGGAAUUCGAGCGUGGCUAUCAAAUCACCGAGGAGAUUAUGAUGGGCAAAGCCACCUGGGAAAAAUUAUUCGAAGAACCCGAUUUCUUUCACAAAUAUCGACAUUUUCUUGUGCUUCUGGUGAGCUCACAAACGGCCGAAGAUCAUCUGGAAUGGUGCGGUUUGGUUGAGUCAAAAGUCCGUUAUUUGGUCGGCAAUUUAGAACGUAAUCAAUACAUUAGUUUAGCCCAUGUCAAUCCAAAAUGUUUUGAUCGUGUAAAGCAAUCGUCAUUGAACGGUUCGAUUACCGAUGCAAAUGAUAAAUUGGUCACCGCACCAUUCUGCUCAAUGUGGUUCAUCGGAAUGGAAUUUAAGAAAACGGAAAACUUAAAUGUCGAUCUCACCGAAAGUAUUCAAAACUUUACGAAUUUAGUACAUAAGCAUGCGACCAGCAUCAGUUUACAAAAGGAGGGUAUGGAAAUUGAAGCGCGGCACGUGCGCCGAAAACAACUUAAUAUGUAUCUAGACAAAGAGAUACUUAAUCGCAAGAGCUCGGAUUCAACGACGACGACCACAUCAACACCCGCAGCAGCAGCAGCAGCAGCAGCAGCACCGACAGCUACGGCUAAAAAACGUGUAUCUACUGAAGUGAUUCAGCAACAGACUCCAACCCAACAACAAACACCAAACGACCCAGCUCAAACGACAAAAAGACAAAGGACUAAUGAAUAUUUUGACGAAAUGGAAAGUCCGUCCUUUGAUGCGAUGAAGACUAAAGCUAAAAUUAAUCUUAGUGCUGAAAAUAAUGUAAGUAAACGCGAUAAUAUUGGCGGUGGUGAUUCCGAUUUGACUGAUGCAACAUCCGGAUCACCUGUGCAACAAUCGCAACAGCAACAGCUGAACGAAGCGUCAACCGUUACAGCCACCGCUUGCUCGUGACUAAAAUAAUUCAAAUUGAUUUAAAAUCGUUCAAUAUAUUUUUGAAGUAACGCAAAGAAAAAAACCACUAAAUCAAUUUUUGAUUUGAGUAAACACAAAAUGCAAAAAAAAACCAAAAAAAAA